CGAGGAGAACCAGUAAAAGCAUACUGAAUGUACAAAUGUACAAAGCUGUCAUACCAAUAUUUAAAGUGUGUUGAUUGAUUCAUAACAUCAGCUCAUACCAAUUUCUGCCAAUUGAGAUGUGGCUGCACAGAGCAUUACUACUUGUCUUGUAAUGUAAUGCAGUUAUGGUAACAUAUUAUCAGUGAUUACAUAACCGCAGAGCUCAUUGGUGUGUUUUUGUGUGUCAUCCAGUACUGAAAGAACACAACAAAGAGGAAGGAGAAGUAUGAAUGAAAAUGUUGACCUAAUGAAAAGCUGCGGGUCAAAUCCUGCACAUUUGUGGUUGAUAUCAUUAGAAGUAGCUCAAAUCUCUAAUCUAGUUCAAUAAUGCCAUCGUUUUUAGGUGUGAUCAAUACAAAGAUAUGGAAAAUGCAACAAUGCAGGGGUGAUGACUCAAUUCUGUGCAGCCUUCAUCAGCGGGGUGAUCACACAAAUAGCAAGAGGGUCAACUGAAUGUCCUCACUGAAAUAAAGUUUUUUAGACCCUUUUUAAUCAGGUCCUGUGAGAGUUUUACUAAGUCACUAUUAAACUGGGAGACAGUACUAACAUUUUUUUUCUCGGCCAAGUGGGGAGGUCUCAGAAGAUUCUCGGCUCAGGUGCAUAGUAAAAAGUCAAAUAAAAUUUCAUUGUUAUUGAGAUAAAUGUAAAAUGUAAACCCCCAAAAAGUCUGUUUUCAGAUGGCUGAAAUGUGACCAUGCAAAGUGUUGUCUCAUAGUGUUAAACCAAUCUGCAUGAAAAACAAAGCACAGCCUAGAGCAGGACUCUUCAGCAGACUGACUGGGGAUUUAUGCAAACCCCUCUGAAACCCUACAGCGCAACUUAAAAUGCACUUCCCUGGAACUGGAACUACAGAACACAUCCACACAGCCCACAACUAUUAUGCUUGGCUCGUUCUGCACCGUCGGUUCCUCCUGUACACAAACUUUUUCCACUGCAUAUUUUUUUAAUUUAACAGUGAGGCAAUAACAAUCAUCAUCUAAUUAUAAAGAGAAGUUACCAGUAUAAUAGCAUCAGUAUAAGGACUCCCACAUGUCAGCAAAUUCCUGGAGGGGGAGAGUGCUGAAACUAUCAGGAUUGAUAUGGGGGAAUGUACAAAGAAGUGGAAAGACUAGAGGGACAAAUAGGUUUGGCUCAGGGUUACCAGAAAGCAUUUUCUUUUUUUCUGUUGACUUGGGACUGCAUGUAAAACACCAGGACACGACCACACUGUAUUUAACACGUAACCACACACAAGGAUAAAUGUUGGCAACUUACGUAGGUGACGUCGUAGACUCUACAAAGGUUCCCCACAGAAGUCUACAUCAGCCUUAGUUCUAGAGUACAUGGUACCAGCAUACAUACUGCAGGUUGGCCAACCAGCAACUUGACACCUUUCUCUACAUCAAGAGUGAAGCUGGAUCUCCUACCAAUGUGCAAAAAGUAUUUAUGAAUAUCUUUUCAGCUAUCUGGCGUUUAAAGUUUUUUCUUUACCCAUAAAAUGUUCACAGAUCCGAGCAUGCUGACAGAUAUGAUGAAGGGCAACGUAACCAACGUGCUUCCCAUGAUCCUCAUCGGUGGCUGGAUCAACUGGACUUUUUCAGGAUUUGUAACAACUAAGGUUCCCUUCCCUCUCACGCUGCGCUUUAAGCCCAUGCUGCAACAAGGAAUAGAGUUGCUCUCAUUGGAUGCUUCUUGGGUGAGCUCAGCAUCAUGGUAUUUCCUGAAUGUGUUUGGACUUCGAAGCAUGUACUCUUUAAUCCUAGGCCAAGAUAACGGCGCAGACCAGUCGAGGAUCAUGCAAGAGCAGAUGAGCGGUGCUGCCAUGGCCAUGCCUGCAGAUACAAAUAAAGCUUUCAAAGCUGAGUGGGAGGCACUGGAACUGACUGACCAUCAGUGGGCGCUUGAGAAUGUAGAGGACGAUCUGAUGAGCCGGGAGUUGGACUUUGAUGGCAUGUUCAGCAAGGAGCUGCCAAGCGGAAUCUUCUGAAGGCCUAAUCGCUUCCUUUUUGGAGACUCAAUUUGAAAUUUGAUUAUUUCAGGGAUUUGUUUUGGGGUUUUUUUUGUUGUUUUUUUUUUUUUAUCUGAAACCACACAACUGGGACAAAUCCCUUCAUAUGCAAAGUUUACAUCGUGUAAUUUGUUGUAGUGGUCUUUUCACUUGUAUCUACCUUCCAUUCCUGUCCUUAAAUGAACUAAAAUGAACACAAAUACACUGGUUCUACUGCUGCCUCAUGCAUAAUAGGGAGCCCUGCUUUGUUAUUUCAAAGAAAGAAGGGGCUGUUCUAGAGAAAUUACGUGUUUGUUUUUUUUUAAUGUGUUCUUGUUAGCUUGAAACUGAAUGCAAUCAUAAUGCCAUUAAGUAAUAGAAUCUGAACUGCCUAGUGCUUCUUUUUCCUAAUGUCAUGCACAGCUAGAUUAGCUGUCUUCAUUUUGUAUGUGUCAUUUAAAAGCAAAAUAGUACAUAAAACAGUUUUACAGGUCAAAAUGAUCUAUAUUUAAUAAUGCUUUAACCAUCCAUCAUUGCUCAUAUUUUAGAUUGGAGGUCCAGAACAGGUUAGGUUUGUUUGUUUGUUUUGUGGCAGGGGAAAUGUUGAGUUUUGUCAUCGAGAUAUUGUUUUUGAAGUAUGUAGACGGUUUAUUUUGUAAUUAACUCCCUUGUGUUUUGUACAGUAUAAAGUCUGUUUUGAUUCAAAA